AUGGCUAGCACGCUAUUCUUAGUGCUUCUUGAGCUAGGCGUGUUUUUUGUGGCUCUCAUCCUCUAUCUUCGUCGCAUCAACCGAUUGUUAAAAGAGACGCCCCAACAUAUUGGACAACUAAGAGGCAAGCCUUGGACCCCAGAAUUACUGAGUCAAACAUGUAUUCGAAUUAUCGAUGUUCGAGAGACUGAGCGAGAUGAUCUUCGGGAAGGCCUAGCUGCUCAAGUGGACUUUGUGCAGACAGACAUUACCUCCAAGGCUGCUGUUGGCGAAGCUUUCUCUAAACCGUGGGAUCCGAAGAUAGCACCUCUACCACUCACUGUCUUCCAUACAGCUGCUGUCAUCAUACCUGGAGCCCGGUCCAAGUAUCUCUACAAGUUCACCGAAGCCGUCCCAUUUCUCAAAGGAAUGCUCCCAGAGGUCGAAGGCGAUCUCAGAACGGUUCAGCCCGGACUCAUCACCAUAUGCACUCAUUUGGUAGCAUCUGAUGCUGAGGCCAGGAAGCCGAUCUCUGAGGGCGGGCUAGGGUACAAAGGACUUCUCACGACGCUGGAAGGGGUUGUCUCGGUCAUCCAUUGUAUUAAAAUAACUUUGUUAUGA